GUCCUAAACCCAUACUCCCCAACCAUGCGCCUUCAAAAUCAUUUCCCCAGCCAUGUCUCCCUAUGAUCUCUUGAAGCCACCCUUCGUUACAUGUCUGAUAUCCUUGAAAGCAUCAAUAGCUUGUGGUGAGAAUUACGUUGAAAGUCUCCCACAAGCUUGCCCUCCCAACACCCAAAAAGAAAUGUUUUCCCAGAUCCUCUACUCUGUAGCGGCUACCAAGCUACUAUAGGGCCUGAUUACGCAGAGCUGCACUACCACUACCAGUGGUGAUUGAUG